AUGGGAGUCAUCAUAGGCUUGACCGCGGGACUCUAUCAGGCACUCAACCUACUUGGCGCCGGUGGUGGCAAGCCGAGCUCCUAUGAAACCGUGCAAAUUGUGAACAGCACACUUUGCGCCAUUUGGUUUUUCUCCUCAGCUUUCGGUGGCACCGUGCUCAACACGAUUGGACCUGCUCUAUCGUCCUGCAUUGGGGUCAUUGGUUUCAUCCUCUAUGUCGGCGGACUAUGGUAUUUUGAUGACACUGGCAGGAAUUGGUUUGCAAUCUUUGGAGGCGUCGCCAUAGGUCUCUCCGCUGGCCUGAUCUGGGUUACCAUGGGAUCGAUCGCCAUGUCAUACUCUGAAGAACAGGAACGAGGCUCGUUCAUCGCCAUGUCGGUCAAUUUACAAGCCGUAGGCGCGGCCAUUGGAGGACUUAUUCCCCUCGUCAUCAAUCGCAACCGGACAGAUGUUGCAGGUGUCCCAACGGCUGUCUAUGUCAUCAUUCUGGCCAUGAUGGGCGUCGCCGGUCUUCUUUCUUUUCUUCUGCGAGAUCCUUGGAAGAUUGUCCGGGAUGAUGGGACACGACUCUUCACAGUCAAGUCCCGGGGCUGGAUUGAAGAGCUGAAAUCUAACCUAGAAAUUUUCAAGGACUGGAAACUCCUGAUCAUGGUUCCAGCGUUUCUCCCUUCGGAGACUUUCCUGGUUUACUCAGGCUCGGUCAAUGCUUAUCACAACAAUCUGAGGACAAGAUGUCUCUUGUCUUUCAUGGCAGUCAUUUGCCAGGUUCCCUGCGGCUAUGGAUUACAGAAGAUCUUGGACCACAAGACCUGGCAUCGCCGUAAGAGAGCAUUCAUCGGACUCGCUGUUGUGGGCACGUCGCUUAUAGCUGCUUGGACCUGGGAGAUCAUACGCGUUCGCGACUAUGACCGUCGCAACCCACCAACCCAUCCUCUAGAUUGGAGUGAGCCACGAUUUGCUCCUAUUUUCAUCCUCUUCGUGAUGACUUGGGUGUCGAGCGUACUGUUUCAGUACAUUAUCCUCUACUUCCUCAGCGCCAUGACAAACUCACCUCGCAAGUCAGCCGUCUAUGCGGGGGUCUACAGAAGUUUUCUCGCCGCCGGUGAAGCCAUCUGCUUCGGUCUCGACUCCAUCGCUGUCCCCUAUAUCAAGGAGGCUGGUACUAUCUUUGCGUUCUACGCUACUGGGGUGAUCGUCUUCAUUUACUUGGCCGCCUUUCACAUUACCGAAACCGAAUAUUUUACCGGCGAGGAGGGUGUGGUCAUCCCCAAGCAUGUCGUCGAAGAAAAUCCUGAGAAGGCAGCCGACGCUCAGGUCGAGAUGACGAUUGCAGGGCCACAGCAAGAAACAUCCCACGAAGAGAAGCGCAAGGAGCUGGCGGUCUAG